GACUAUGAGAUGGCAGAAACGGCUUUAUCCAAGUCUGAUGGUGCUUCCGAUAUUGAGCCCGAUACGCAGGAAAUGGUUCGUGCCCAGAACAAAAAAAAGAAGAAAUCGGGAGGUUUUCAAUCCAUGGGUCUCGGCUAUCCGGUGUUCAAAGGGAUUAUGAAGAAAGGGUACAAAAUACCCACACCCAUCCAGAGGAAGACCAUCCCUUUGAUCUUGGACGGCAAGGAUGUGGUGGCCAUGGCAAGGACCGGAAGUGGGAAAACGGCUUGUUUUCUGAUUCCCAUGCUGGAGAAAUUGAAAGCCCGCUGUGCCAAGACGGGAGCCCGAGCGCUCGUCCUGUCUCCAACCCGAGAACUUGCUCUGCAGACUCUUAAAUUCACCAAAGAGGAUGGAGGAUCAAUUUGCCGCUUUGCACGAGAACCCCGACAUCAUCAUUGCAACCCCCGGCCGUUUGAUGCACGUAGCUGUCGAGAUGAAACUGAAGUUGCACAGUGUGGAGUACGUGGUUUUCGACGAAGCAGACAGGUUGUUUGAGAUGGGCUUUGCAGAACAGCUGAACGAGAUUGUCUCGAGGCUGCCCGACGGUCGCCAGACGUUGCUUUUCUCCGCCACCUUGCCAAAACUUCUCGUGGAGUUCGCUCAAGCCGGUCUCACGGAGCCGGUAUUAAUCCGACUGGAUGUGGAAUCCAAGCUAAGCGAACAACUCAAGCUCUCGUUUUUUCACGUGCGGGCUGACGACAAGCCAGCCCUUCUCUUGCAUCUGCUGAGGACGGUGGUUAAGCCCCAAGACCAGACGAUUGUGUUUGUGGCCACCAAACAUCACACAGAAUACCUGAAGGAGCUGCUGACCAUGCAGGGGGUGAACUGCACCAACAUCUACAGCUCUCUGGACCAGACGGCUCGCAAAAUCAACAUCGGCAAGUUUGCCCACGGCAAGUGCUCCGUGUUGAUUGUCACCGAUCUCGCCGCUCGCGGCAUCGAUAUCCCUCUCCUGGAUAAUGUGAUUAACUACAGCUUCCCCGCCAAGGCAAAGCUUUUUCUGCACCGCGUCGGCAGAGUGGCCCGUGCGGGGAGGACUGGAACAGCCUACUCCCUUGUGGCUCCCGAUGAAGUCCCUUACGUAUUUGACCUGCAUCUCUUCCUGGGUCGGCCUCUGGUCUUUGCCAGUCCUCAUCAAAAGCCCACAGAUUCAGAUGGCGUUUUUGGCCGCGUUCCCCAAGUCACCCUAGAUGACGAGGAGAGCUUGCUACAGACUGACCACGAGCGUUCUCUUGACCUUCAGAGCCUACGCCGUAUCUCUGACAAUGCCCUGAAGCAGUACCAAAAAUCCCGACCAAGUCCCUCCCCCGAAUCCAUCAAGCGGGUGAAAGAAAUGGAGUUCAGCCUUGUAGGGAUCCAUCCCCUCUUCA